AUACUAUUUAAAAGCAACUCUUCUAUGAACUUGUCACUUCAUCAAUCGUGAAGACACUGGUCGGAUCCUCAUAAUAUUGACACCCGUAUUCGUACAAAGGUUACCAAGAUGAAGUGGCUUGCACUUAUUUCAUUCGCACUCGCCGUCCUCCUGGUUGGAGUUCACUGCACCGAAGACGAGGCUCUCAAAGAUAGCAUUCAAAGAGAAGUGAGAGAUGUCAGCGGCAACAGUGAAGAACACGAGAGGCACAGACGAGCAUGCCCGUGGUGUGUUCUCCCGGGUUUCAUAAGGAUGUGGGAAGACGCAGGAAAACCUGGCCUAAAACCAACUAUCAAAGAUUGUUUGACCUCGCAACAGGCGGCCUUCAGGAAAAGGAUAGAGGAUGCCAAAAAGGCCGCUCAAAGUGCUGGCGACGAGGAGGAAGAUUCCAAUCUGUCUACCGAAGCCUUCGAAGAUUUCGCGGACACAGUGGCUGCUCUCUACGAGGAUUUGAAAAAGAAUAGCAAGACAAUGAGUGACGCACAGAUCAAGGACAAGAUUCUGGCCCUCUUUGGUUAAAAAAUGGCUUCCAAGAAUGAACUAGCUGAUACAUGUAGUGUGACUGUAUUAAUUGCCCAACAUGAAUGAAGAACUGGAUCAUCGUUUUAUCACCAUAUUGUGCCAAAUCGUUCUGUUUUUGGAAUAUUUAACUGUAGAAUUCAUUAGAUUAGUAAAAGCAUGAAAAAUGAA